UUCCUCUGCCGUGCUGGCUACGGCCUACGUGCUCUCUUCUUCUCUCUCUUCAAAAGGCGGGGAGGAAUACAGGGAGGCGUCAAUCGGUGAGAGAGAGAAAGAGAGUGACGAGUGAAGAUGAUAGACUUCGCUCGCGUUCAAAAAGAGCUUCAAGAGUGUAGCAGGGACAUUGCGGCCUCUGGUAUCAGUGUGAGCCCUAAAAGUGACAAUCUUGCUCGUUUGACUGGGACUAUCCCCGGCCCUAUUGGUACUCCGUACGAAGGCGGCACUUUUCAAAUCGAUAUUACAUUGCCAGAUGGGUAUCCAUUUGAGCCUCCCAAAAUGCAGUUUGCGACUAAAGUCUGGCACCCCAAUAUUAGCAGUCAAAGUGGGGCAAUUUGCCUGGAUAUCUUGAAGGACCAAUGGAGUCCAGCUCUUACAUUGAAGACAGCACUUCUCUCUGUCCAAGCAUUGCUCUCUGCCCCUCAACCUGAUGAUCCUCAAGAUGCUGUAGUAGCACAACAGUAUCUUAAAGAAUAUCAAACCUUUAUUGGCACAGCUCGGUAUUGGACAGAAACCUUUGCUAAGGCCUCAUCUCUUGGGGUAGAGGAAAAGGUACAGAAAUUUGUGGAGAUGGGUUUCCCUGAGGCGUUGGCAAGAAGUACCUUGGAAGCUGUUGGCAGUGAUGAGAAUAUGGCCCUUGAGAAGCUCUGCUCCGGUUAAGAUUUGCAUCAUCUGCUAAUUAUUUCUCCAUGAAUUUCUGAUUGCGGUGCUGCCAUAUGUAGUAUAAUAGCCCUCCAAAGUGCACUUGAAGUCCGCCUAAAUUAUGACAGUUUUUUUUGGCCUUUGCUUGUUUUGAUCUCUUCAUCAAAUUACAAAACUAAAUUUAACAAAUCACAAUUGAACUGGUUUAUGCUUAUUGACCAUUUUAUUUGCAUCUACAAUCGAGUGGAGGAUGCUAUUUGUGAGCUCA